UUUUGAUCGGGGGACUAGCCUGCCAGGGAUCGAGUAUUGGUCCAGACUCGAGAGACGUCGGCCAUGAGCAAGAGAGGCAGGGGCGUGUGGGACGUGGAGCUGGGCAGCCUAGACACGGCCCGCCUGCUCAUGCUCCUGGCGCAGCAGCGCCAGCAUCAGCACCACCAGAGCGGCGUCGCCGGGGCGCCGCAGGCAAUGGGCGGCGGCCGCAUGUUCGAGUGCAAGACGUGCAACCGGCAGUUCCCCACGUUCCAGGCGCUCGGGGGACACCGCGCCAGCCACAAGCGCCCUAGGCUGCACCACACACCCCCGCAGCACGCGCUCGUCCGCGUCGACGACGACGCAGCGCUCUGCCUCGGCCGCCGGGCUCCCCAGGCGCCGCCGCAGCCGGCAAGGCCGAGGGUGCACGAGUGCCCCGUCUGCGGGCUCGAGUUCGCCGUCGGCCAGGCGCUGGGUGGGCACAUGCGCCGGCACCGCGUUGAAGCCGAGGCCGAGGCCGGGGCCAACGCCCCGAGCAGCAAGGCGGCAGCGGCGACCGAGAUGGUGGUGGCCUCGUGCGACGACGGAGGGAUCUGCCUGGACCUGAACCUAACGCCUUCGGAGAACUGCGGCAAAUGCAAGAGCGCGGCGGUGCUCCGUGCCGCUACUGGGCAGGGUGUACAUAAGGCGCUGGGCGGGCACAUGCGCGGGCACCAAGCCGAGGCCGAGGCCAAGGCCCACGCGUCGAGCGGGAAGGAAUGUUGGGAUAAGUCGGGAAAAAGGCAACCUUAUGGCAGAUUGGAAGAUUCUAAUAUCUCCAUUUCAAUUUGCUGA